GGAGUGAAGGAAAAAACACUCCUUACUCGAAAGAAUACGAGUAAAAUCUAGUAACAAUGGCAGCAAGUGCUACAACCAUGUUGCUCAAAUACCCAACUCUUUGUGCUAUGCCAAAUUCCUCUUCAUCUUCAAACAACAACGAUCUUCCUACUAGCAUUCCUCUUAAUAACAAUAACAAUUUAUUAUCAAACAAAAACAAAAUUCUUCAAACACCAAAUAUUAAUACUUCUACUAAUAAAAUCAUCACUAAAGCUGUUGCUUCCCCUGUUUUUCCAACUCUAAAAACCACAUCCAACACACCUUCUUCCAUUCGAUCACUUGUUCAUGAAUUCGACCCCGAAAUUCCACCUGAAGAUGCUCUUACACCUCCUAGUACUUGGUACACUGAGCCUGCCUUUUAUUCCCAUGAACUUGAACGUAUCUUUUACAAAGGAUGGCAAGUUGCAGGCUACUCUGAGCAAGUAAAGGAGAAAAAUCAAUAUUUCACUGGCAGUUUAGGGAAUGUUGAAUAUUUAGUAUCUCGAGAUGGUCAAGGCGAACUUCAUGCAUUUCACAAUGUUUGUACACAUCGUGCAUCAAUUCUUGCUUGUGGAAGUGGCAAAAAGUCAUGUUUCGUAUGCCCUUACCAUGGAUGGGUGUAUGGCUUAGAUGGAUCACUCGCCAAAGCCAGCAAAGCAACUGAAACACAAAAUUUGGAUCCUAAAGAACUUGGGCUUGCACCCCUAAAAGUUGCAGAAUGGGGCCCAUUCAUUCUUAUCAGCUUGGACCGAUCUCUAGAUGCUAAUGCUGAUGUUGGAACAGAGUGGAUUGGUAAAUCUGCAGAAGAUGUUAAGGCCCAUGCUUUUGAUCCUAAUCUAAAGUUCACCCAUAGAAGUGAAUUCCCAAUGGAAUGCAACUGGAAGGUUUUCUGUGAUAACUAUCUGGAUAGCUCUUACCAUGUUCCUUAUGCUCACAAAUACUAUGCAGCUGAACUCGACUUUGACACUUACAACACUGAAAUGAUCGAGAAAUGUGUGAUUCAAAGAGUUGGUAGCAGUUCAAACAAGCCAGAUGGAUUUGAUAGACUUGGAACUGAAGCAUUCUAUGCUUUUAUUUACCCCAACUUUGCUGUGGAAAGGUAUGGCACUUGGAUGACUACAAUGCAUGUCGUUCCUAUGGGACAAAGGAAAUGCAAACUAGUGGUGGACUAUUAUCUUGAGAAAGCCAUGUUGGACGACAAGGCUUACAUUGACAAGGGCAUAGCAAUCAACGAUAACGUGCAGAAGGAAGAUAAGGUGUUGUGUGAAAGUGUCCAAAGGGGACUGGAGACACCAGCAUACCGCAGUGGCAGAUAUGUGAUGCCAAUUGAGAAAGGAAUCCACCACUUCCACUGUUGGUUGCAUGAAACUUUGCAGUGAUUUUCGGGAGCUUAUUUCUAUGGUUUUACCAUGUCACAUUAAUAAUAUAAUUGAUGUUGGGUUGAGCCUAUGCUCCUCAUGCAAUUAAGUUAUUUUGUGGUCAUGGGAAAACCCUUCCAUUUCUAGUAUAGUAGUAGUGUCUGGUGCUAAUGUCCCAUAUAAAUAAAAGCCAUAGCACCUAGUUUCCCCUUCAAAGUUAUAUCCUAAAUAUUUAUGGGGAACAUAUGAGAUUGAGUAUGAACAUUUUAUCUAGGCAUAUGUGUGAUUUUUAAUUUCUUUGAACAAUGAGGGUAAGAUUUGUGUGGAUGUUCGUCAGAUUUUAUUUUACUAUUUAUAGUAGAAAUUGCUCCAAUUAUAAAUAUAUUUUGCUUUUACGUUUUUA